GGAAAGAAAUGGGUAUUUGUUUUUUGCUUCACUGUCAUGCACUUUACCAUUUUGCUUCUUCGUUGAAAGUCUCAAAAAGUGUGCCUUUCAAUCUUCACUCUCUCUCUCUUUCUUUCUCUCAUUGAAUCCUCAAACUCCGAUUCCGAAUCUCAGACCUCCGUUGCUCAAUUUCCCUUCUUCCGAUUCAUCUCAUUGAGUCAACUCAUCUCCCCAUUUCCUCAACUUUCUCUCUUUCUCUCAGCUCACUGUUUUCUUCACUUGUUGUUCUCUUCUUCCUUAUCUCUCUGUUUUUCUCUUUGUUUAUCACCUUGUUUCCCUUUUUUACCAUUUGGGUUUUCUUCAUUUUGGGCCAACCAGCUUUUCUCUUCUUGUACUUAUUCUAUUUGAUUUUGGAUUUUCUCUCACUUCGAUGAUUCCCAGGGAGAUUUCCCUUCUAAUUCCCCGAAAAUUACAAAAAUUCUUCGUUUCAUUUGCUGUUUCAUGUUUCCCACCAUAUUUUACUGCUCUUGAUUUUGUGUUUUGAUUCUUCAAAUCUUUUAUUGUUUGGGGUCUCUGGGUGUUUAGGGUUUGUGUCGAAAAUGACGGCACCGGUGUCCGUUGAUGGGAAAGGGAAGAAGAAUAUUGAGAAUUUGGUGUCUGCUACUAGGUCAUUGAAGGCUAGCUUAGAGAAAUCUAGGACUUUAGGGUUUUCUUUGCAGAAAGCUGGGCCGAGAUUGGAGGAGAUUAGGCAAAGAUUGCCGACUUUAGAAGCGGCGGUUCGGCCUAUUCGUGCUGAUAAGGAAGCCCUUGUUGCCGUCGGUGGCCAUAUAAAUCGGGCUGUUGGCCCUGCCGCGGCCGUGCUUAAGGUUUUCGAUGCAGUUCAUGGCCUUGAAAAAUCUCUAUUAUCGGACCCGCGGAAUGAUCUUCAUGGGUAUUUGUCUGUGUUGAAACGUAUGGAAGAGGCAUUGAGGUUUUUGGGAGAUAACUGUGGACUGGCAAUCCAGUGGUUGGAGGACAUUGUUGAGUAUUUGGAAGAUAAUACUGUUGCUGAUGAGAAAUAUCUAGCGAGUUUGAAGAAUUCGUUGAAAAAUCUUAGGGAUUUGCAGAGUGAUGAAGGGAGGACUCGGCUUGAUGGGGGCCUUCUGAAUGCUGCUUUAGAUAAACUCGAGAACGAGUUUAGGCGGCUUUUGACGGAGCACAGUGUACCUCUUCCAAUGUCUUCUUCGGCGUCUCCAGGUGAGCAAGCUUGCAUUGCUCCAUCCCCAUUGCCUGUCACUAUCAUUCCGAAAUUGCAAGCCAUUCUUGGGAGAUUGAUUGCUAAUAAACGACUCGAGAGUUGCAUAUCGAUUUAUGUUGAAGUUCGUAGUUCUAAUGUUAGGGCUAGUUUGCAGGCUCUUGAUUUGGAUUACUUGGAGAUAUCUGUUUCUGAGUUCAAUGAUGUGCUGAGCAUCGAAGGGUACAUUGCAAAAUGGGGAAAGCAUUUGGAGUUUGCAGUGAAACACUUGUUUGAGGCCGAGUUCAAGCUUUGUAAUGACGUUUUUGAGAGGAUUGGAUUGGAUGUUUGGAUGGGGUGUUUUGCAAAGAUAGCAACUCAAGCAGGUAUUCUUGCAUUUCUUCAAUUUGGGAAAACUGUAACAGAAAGUAAGAAUGAUCCUAUUAAGCUACUGAAGUUGUUGGAUAUAUUUGCAUCCUUGAACAAACUGAGACUAGACUUCAAUAGGCUUUUUGGCGGGGCGGCCUGUUUGGAAAUUCAAAACUUGACUAGGGAUCUCAUUAAGCGGGUUAUUGAUGGUGCGGCCGAGAUUUUCUGGGAACUUUUAGUUCAGGUGGAGCUGCAGAGGCAAAAUUCUCCACCUUUAGAUGGGGGAGUUCCACGAUCGGUUAGCUUCAUUAUUGAUUACAGUAACAAACUACUCAGUGACGAUUAUCGGCCGAUCUUGACCCAGGCCCUUGUCAUUCACCGAAGUUGGAAGAAAGAAAAGUUCCAAGAGGGUCUACUUGUCAGUGAGGUAACGAACCUUGUUAAAGCUAUUGAGCAUAAUCUUGAAACUUGGAUAAAGGCUUAUGAAGAUUCUACCUUGUCAAACUUUUUUGCAAUGAACAAUCAUUGGCAUCUAUACAAGCACCUCAAAGGAACAAAAGUCGGAGAACUAAUGGGAGAUAAACUAAAGGAACAUGAACAAUACAAGGAUUACUAUGCUGCAGUUUUCUUGAGGGAGAGCUGGACUAAACUUCCUAGCCAUUUAAGCAGAGAGGGUUUGAUAAUGUUCUCGGGUGGCCGAGCUACUGCUCGUGAUCUCGUCAAGAAACGUCUGAAGACAUUCAAUGAAGCUUUUGAAGACAUGUAUAAGAAGCAGUCAAACUGGGUUAUGACUGACAAAGAGUUGAGGGAGAAGACAUGUCAACUUAUAGUUCAAACCAUCGUACCCGUUUAUCGCAGUUACAUGCAGAAUUACGGCCCCUUGGUCGAGCAAGACCCGAGUUCCAGUAAGUAUGUGAAGUACACCGUGCAGAAUCUGGAGAAAAUGUUACUGUCCCUAUUUCAGCCAAAGCCACUUAGGUACAGUAGUCUUAAAGUUAGGCAGACAAGUGGGAAAUUCAGCAAUGGCGCAGCAGAUCAUCGUCGUUCCAACUCCAUGGUUAUGUAACCAUCAAACCACCACCAUUUUUAUGCUGUCUAUAACUCCGGAAGAAUGCUGCAUACUCUUGGAUGGAUGACCGAGUUCGACCUCAUCCUGAAUUGCCCAACACCUCGACCAUGUUCGGACAAUCUCUCACUUCAUUUAUUGAAAAGGAGAAAACUUUUUCUGAAUGGCAUCAUUUCUGUUACUCUUCUCUGAAGAAUUACCGAAGGGGGUCGGAAUUUUCUCUAUAGCCUGCAAUGAGAGGAAUAAUGAGGAAUGAAAAUGUUGGCUCUGUAGCACAUGAAUGAAAUGCGGAUAUUCUGCCAAAGGCUUCGUGGGCUCAAUGAUGAAGAACAACUCAAGAGAAAUGAUAGAUGAUCAGGUUUGUAGAUGAUACUUAUAAGAUAGCUAUUUGUAUUCCAUUUCUCUUCACUCAUUGAUUCUGCAUAGGCAUGUGGGAAUUAGAAAUAGUGUAAUUUGUUAGUUUUUUUUUUUUUUUUUUGGUGUAAUUCUUUAAUAUUAAACAUAUCUAUGUAAUCCAAUCCAACUUCUUGCUCAUCAUAAUUUAGGGAGGAAGAAGAAAUUUGUUAUAAAGUACAAAUGGCAUCUACCCCAUUCAUGAAAUCCUGUUUCUGAUCCCUAA